GAAGUGAAUUGACCAAAUUAUUAUUAGCUCUGACACACAGAACAAAGGUGUCCAGAGGAUAGUUGUAUCCAGUGCUAGAUGCCUGUGGUUUUGAAUAAUAAAGCAUGUUAUGUGGUAGAAAUUGCCCACUUCUCAUUUCCAGUUCUGCCUAUGAUGCCAUUGAAUAAAGACGAGGGAAGCAGAACUUCCCACCGCUGAAACUCCAGUCAAAACUUGUGGAGCUGAAGUACUAACAGACAUGUCUGUUUCUAGCUGAUUAUUUGCUAACAUUUCGCACUCAGAGAUAAUGUUAGUUGGCGAUAGAGCGGAUCAUGCACAAAUUACUCACAUUCUGCCCCGGGUUGUAAAAUUGCACCUUUUUAAAAAAUUUGUUUAACACCCUGGCUACUUUAAUUUUUUUUUUGUCUUGAGACAUGCAGGCAACAUGUUCAUGACUGUUAUUUGUCAGCUAUCUACGGACAGUCAUCAGCAGUGCUGAAGGGACGGUAACUUGUGGAGGUAGUGGUUUCACCGGUCCUGUUCUGUAAGAGAAUGUUCACUGUGGAUCCAGUGACGAUUCUCAAAGCAUAACCCUCCUCAAGGUGGGGAAGGUCUUCAAGAAUGGAAACUGAGAACUCUCUCAAGUGGCUAAUUGCUCCGGAUGGGUUCAUCCCGAACUCUGUCAUUCGCUCCCGCCUCUGGCCUGAUGACUGCCCUUGCCCUCUCGAUGAAAAGCUCCCCAACAUAAAGAUGUAUAAUAAACAACUGAUCACCAACAAGAUUAUGGGCCUGAAUUUCGACAAUAACCUUCUGUCUGAACUGGUCAACAGCCUGUGGUUUGACAUCAGUGUAGAGGGUAUGGAUCUCAAGACGGUGAUCGAGGGACUCUUUGAGAUAAUGGACAAGGGAGAUGAGCAGGUCUACGAAUUUUGUAUGGAUGGGCUGAGCAACAUCAUGAAGAAUUAUGAAGCCCCCAAGCAGUUGGAAACCAAGAUCGUAAAGAAACUCUUGAAAGACUCCAUUGCUUCGGAAGUAUGGAAGACCAAGAACGCCCAGAAGAUGAUGGACAAGCUGGAACUGAAGUCGGCCAAGGUAGUCCAUUUGGCACAGACCCUGCAGGACCCCAAUGAGGACUUGAGAAAGGCGGCCAUAGAGAUGCUUAAACAAGAGACGGAAACCUCUGAUCUCAAGUCCCUGGUGAAAUUGCUCAAGUCUGAAGGACCGAAAAAUAAGUUGCUGGAUCUGUCAGAAUCCAUGCGGAAGGUAAUGAUACAAGAUCUCAAAAAACAACUGGUUGAAGAAAAGGCCAAGGAAUUGAUUCGGAAGUUGCCGAAGAUUAAAAGUAAAAAUUUUCCAGGCGCUUCUCAAGAUUCGAUUCUUAAAGGAAGAGUAUUCACCAGGAGAGUCAGUAAAGCUAAGAAAGACGAUGAACAUACAGCAAAGACAAAAGGCAAAGAAAAAGCACGGGAACCAGUGAGAAGUUUGUCUAAAGUCAGGGGCAGUAUUGGAGCCGAAACCCACGAACGUAAGGGCUUUGUGACCGAAGAGGAAUCCAGGUUGUCUUCUGCCUCCAGCCUCCAGCUGCUGACACUGAAAAAGGUUGAAGAGGGCAAGGCAACCCAGGUCCCCGACAAAACCAAAUUGCCUCCCAUACUCACGCUUCCCGAAUCCGAUUCUAUCACAGACAUAAGGAUCCAGACAACCAGUGUCGUCCCAUCUCAAAGUAAGAGGUCAUCAAGCGAUGUAUUUGUUAGAACCGAGUCGAGCAAACUUGGACUGAGCAGCCAGCCUCUUGCCGAACGCAUCCAGAUCCCGUUCAUUCACAAAAUGACCAGCUCAUCUAUCAAAGCCACUCUAGCUCCUGAUGCCAAUCCGGAAGACUGGAGGAGCAGCCUUUACGAGCUGGUCAACACAUACGGUAAACGUGCGGCCUCCAAGGAGGACAAACCGGACGUGAAGGGAGAGUCCAGACCAAUGGAGAUGUACAAGAAGCAAGUCCAUGGGAAUCAGCAGGAGAUCUCGCCCGGCCAAAGGGUCCUGGACACCAUUCUUCACCGGACACUGAAGACCAACUUCAACAAUAAGUUGUGGCACAUUUAUUCCCUGCCUUGGCAGCAAAGCUUCGUCACCGUGAAACCGCGUGGCAUCAGUAGGUUCGGAAUGUUGGGCAUGACAUGGUCAACCUGUGACUUCACCCAAAUAGGUCAGUCGUGCGAGUGGGUCAGGAAUUCCUCACACCGGAUUGACUCCAGCAUCGUCUUGAAGAAAGAACAUGGCGACUGACUUUUCGACGGACACCGUUCAUCAAAUCUUUUCACAGCAUGAAAUGCGAGGCCGUUCUGCGAAAGAAGCCUCGGGACUCUUCGAAAGAAACAGCUACACAACUAGUAGCCCCCUCCACACUCCAUUUUUUAUAUUUAUGGUUUAUUGUAAAAUAAAAUCAGAUCUCUCCCCACAAAGAAUUUUUGUUUAUCUAAGAAAAAAAUUAUUAAAUGUAUCGCAAGGUCAGAAUCGAAGUGUAAAAAAAAUGAAUCUUGAUGCAAAAUUCUUAAUAAAAUCAAACGAGGAAGAA